AUGGGAAUGGAGACAAGGAUAUUCUUGGUCCACAUGACUGCUUCACUUGGAUCAAAAGUCUUUGUUCAUGCAAAAGAAGCUGGCAUAAUGAGUAAAGGGUAUGCAUGGAUCACAACUGCUGGGUUAUCGACAUUAUUGCAUCCAAAGAUGGAGGAGGCAAAAGUCACUGGUUCAAUGGAAGGUGUGCUGGGUGUGAGGCCCUAUGAAGUUGGAAAGCCAAAAGAUGAAGACAUACAUUUGUCCAAGUUCAAGCUAGGUGUGAAGAGAAUUGCUAGCAGAUUUAAUUGA